CCUGGUUCGAGCCCGACACCGAUGCCUUUGCCCGCAAAUACAACUCGCCCCCUCCUAUUCUCACAAACCCCACACUCCGCACCUUCUUGCGCGACAAGCCGGAGCCGACGAGACGACCGCGCCGCCGUCGACGCGACCUCCUCCGCCCGCCGGGAUCGGAGAGAACUCUUGAACCAGUUUAAAGGUUGAAGCAACUUAACGAUGAGUAGCAUAGGAACUGGUUAUGAUCUGUCCGUCACCACGUUCUCCCCAGAUGGCCGUGUCUUCCAGGUUGAGUAUGCUGGCAAGGCUGUCGACAACAGCGGGACUAUCGUUGGGAUCAAAUGCAAAGAUGGAAUUGUCCUUGGUGUGGAGAAGCUGAUUACAUCAAAGAUGAUACUUGAGGGAUCGAAUCGGAGACUUCACUCUGUGCACCGGAACUCUGGCUUGGCUGUGGCUGGGUUAGCAGCGGACGGUAGGCAGAUAGUCUCGAGAGCGAAGUCAGAGGCAGCCAAUUAUGAAAAGGUUUACGGAGAACCCAUGCCUGUUAAGGAGUUGGCUGACCGUGUAGCUAGCUAUGUUCAUCUGUGUACACUGUACUGGUGGCUCAGGCCCUUUGGCUGUGGAGUUAUUCUUGGAGGUUAUGAUAGGGAUGGGCCACAGCUCUACAUGAUUGAACCUUCAGGCCUCUCCUACAAAUAUUUUGGUGCUGCACUGGGUAAAGGAAGACAAGCUGCAAAAACCGAAAUAGAGAAAUUGAAGCUUUCUGAGCUAACGUGCCGGGAAGGCAUCGUUGAGGUCGCCAAGAUAAUUUAUGGUGUACACGAUGAAGCGAAAGACAAGUCUUUCGAGUUGGAACUGAGCUGGGUAUGUGAUGAAUCGAACCGUCAGCAUGAGAAGGUUCCAAACGAUCUUCUGGAGCAGGCCAAAGCAGCAGCGCAAGCAGCGCUUGAGGAGAUGGAUGCUGACUAAGAAAAGAACCCCGCGAAUAUUCUCUUCCCAUUUACUUUGAGGGGUGUAAUAGAUACAUGAUCCUCAGAAUGUUGCUUUCGGUUCCAUCCCAGUCGAGGUAGCAGGCUCGUGUUGUUUGGGUUCUGACGAAUUGCAUUCUGCUUGCUCUGGAUCUUAAUUUAUUCAGUUCUGAACGACCUGGAAAUUUGAUGAGUACAACUAGCUUUUCAUUCUAAA